CUUUUUAUAUACUAACAAAUUAAGGAUCAUUCUGUGAAAUUUAUUUCCUUUCAGUCAUGGACAGCUCACCAGAAAUACUGGAUUUCGAUUCUUCAGAUGAAAAUGGUCCCGAGAACAGUGGAAUAUUUCUGCAGCAGUGGGAGGCACAGGUUCGGCCCUAUAUUGAGAUGAUAGACUUCAUGAGGCGAAUCGGCAUUGAGAAGGAACUUGCAUUGCCAUCCAUUGCAGUGGUGGGAGACCAGAGCUCAGGGAAAAGCUCUGUAUUAGAGGCGCUAUCAGGAGUCGCUUUACCUCGUGGGAGUGGUAUUGUCACCCGCUGUCCACUGGAGCUUAAACUCAGAAAAAGUAAUAAUGGGAGCAGCUGGGCCGCCACAAUCUCCUACAAUGAAGUGCGUGAGACGUUUCAUGAUCCUGCACAAGUUGAAAGUUACGUCAGAAGGGCACAGAAUAUGCUUGCUGGAGAUGGAGUAGGAAUCUGCGAAGAUCUCAUCAGUUUGGAGAUCAGAUCGCCUGAUGUGUGCGACCUCACGCUGAUCGAUCUGCCUGGAAUAACAAGAGUACCUGUGAAAGGACAACCGGAAGACAUUGGAGACCAGAUUCGACGCCUGAUAUUGAAAUUCGUUUCCAAAAAAGAAACCAUUAAUUUGGUUGUUGUUCCCUGCAAUGUCGACAUCGCAACUACGGAAGCACUUAGAAUGGCUCAGGGUGUCGAUCCUGAUGGCUUAAGGACUUUAGCAAUACUGACAAAGCCAGACCUGGUAGAUAAAGGAGCAGAGGCCGAUAUCUUACAAGUACUGCAGGGUAAAGUUGUUCCUCUCAAAAAGGGCUACACUAUUGUCCGAUGCAGAGGCCAGAGUGACAUCAAUGAAAACGUUUCUCUGGCUGAAGCCACAAGACAGGAAAAGGAGUUUUUUCCCAAAAACACACACUUCAGUCAUCUUCUUGAGGAGCAGAGGGCCACAAUACCCUGCCUUUCCACCAGACUCACUAAAGAGCUGGUCGAACAUAUCAAGUCUUCACUUCCAUCUCUAAGAGAUCAAAUUCAUAUCCACUUGUCUGCGGCGAGGUUUGAGCUUAAGAAUUAUGCUGAUGGUCCUCCUUUAGAACCUGAGCGAAUGGGGCCUUAUCUCAGCAAGAAAAUCUUGGAGUUCAGUGACCAGAUAAGCGAGUUGUGUAGAACAGGAGAAUCAGACGAUGGGAACCUCUAUUCGUAUCUUCGACCAGUGUUCAAGCAAUGGGAAUGUCAUCUGAGUAGCUCCAAAGCAUCAUUCAGAGAGUCCGUAAAACAGAUGACAGAAAAAUAUGACGAGGCCCAUCGUGGAAGAGAACUGGUGACCUUCAGUGACUACUGUGUGUAUGAAUCAAUGGUGAAGAAACAUGUUGGAGACCUUAGACAACCUGCUUUGGAUACUUUGAAGCUCAUCCGAGGUAUUGUGGAGAAGGAGUUCAGGGUCAUGUGUGAGCUGUGUUUCCCAAACUACCCUCAUCUGAGACACAUGAUACUGAACCAUAUUGACGACAUUCAAACAAAGCAAGAAAGCAAGGUGGAGAAGAGGAUCCAUGAGUACAUUAACAUGGAGAAACUUGUGUACACGCAGGAUCCCAUUUUUACCCAGAAAAUUGUUGACUUCAAGUUUGUGGAAAAGCGACAGGAGUAUGAGUCCAUUAGUUUGGAUACAGGAGAGAACGCAACCUCACCUCACAACUGUGCUGUUUUUGACACCAGGAGCUUGACGCCUGAUAAACUGAUCAUCUACUACGAGAUAGUGUAUCAGCGUCUGGCCGACUACAUUCCCAUGGUGAUCCUGCUGUUCAUACUGAAGGAAGCUGCUGUGAUGCUGCGGGCUCAUGCUAUGGACCUGCGGGAUGGAGCUGAUGUUGUGAAGAUGCUCAUGGAGGACACAGAAGCUGGACGGAAGAGAGCAGACUUACACCAACGCAUGGAGAGACUGCGCCUGGCACAAGAACGCAUCAGUAUUUACCUCUGAGACAGUAGUUGCUUCUAUUUUUUUGUCAUAUGCUUGCUUGAUCACUUUUAAAGGCAGCAGCCAGCCAAAGAAAUAUCAAAAUAAAAGAACAAAAGUGUAGUUUGAGGCUUUAGGAAUCAUUUAGAUUUUUUAGGUUCAAGGUUAAGGUUAAGUUUAAUCAUGAAUCAUUGUUUGAAUUAAAAUAAUAAAAUAAAAAAAAACUUAAUAAAA